UUAAAAGGUAGCAACUUCUGAGCCAGUUUGCCCUGAGUUAUGGAUGUUGGUGUACUUACUUCAGGUCAGAUCACAGCUCAGAGGGAUCUAACCAGAAGCAGCAACUACCGGCUCUCUAUUUGCCUUUUACCAGGUUCUACCCUUCCAGUAUGUUUCAUUUGAUAAGACAUUUUCCAGCUCCCAGAGUUUCAGUACAAUGUGCAAAUGGAUACUGACAAAUGGUGCCUCAGCCUUUUCCCACCUGCCUUAUUGCUGCUUGCUGCUGCUCUUCUUGGUGUCUUCUGUGCCUGUCACCUGCCAUGACCUUGGCCAGGACAUGCUGCCCCCGGAGACCACCAACUCUUCUUCAUCCUCCUCCUCUUUCCCCUCGUUCUCAUCUCCUUCCAGUGCGGGGAGACACGUGCGGAGUUACAAUCACCUCCAAGGAGACGUGCGCAAGAGGAAGCUCUACUCUUACAACAAGUACUUUCUCAAGAUCGAGAAGAACGGCAAGGUCAGCGGCACCAAGAAGGAGAACUGCCCCUUCAGCAUAUUGGAGAUAACAUCUGUAGAAAUUGGAGUUGUGGCAGUUAAGUCCAUUAAGAGCAACCAUUAUUUAGCCAUGAACAAGAAAGGAAAAGUCUACGGCUCUAAGGAGUUUAACAGUGAUUGCAAAUUGAAGGAAAGAAUAGAAGAAAAUGGAUAUAACACAUAUGCAUCCUUAAAUUGGAAGCACAAUGGAAGGCAAAUGUUCGUGGCCCUGAAUGGAAGGGGAGCCACAAAGAGAGGACAGAAAACAAGAAGGAAAAACACUUCAGCUCACUUUCUUCCAAUGGUAGUAAUGUCAUAGAUGAAGGAACUAUUUUAUCAAUGCAGUUGAACCAAAGACUUUUGUGUCAAGAAUAUUUGGUAAUCCUCUUGAAGAGUAAAUGCAAGGAAAUAGUGCAGAUGUCUGCUUGUUUGAAAAGAGAGCAGGGGAAGCCUUUGAAGGUUUUGUACUCAUUGAUGGUACAUGAAAUACUUUUAUUUAGUUUGGCACCAUAUCUUAUAAUCAAAAUACAAGCUGGAUCAAAUGGGAUGGAAGUUACUGCCAGCGUGGACUAUUUUCGUAAUCUCUGUGACAGAACUUAAGGGGCUUGAGACAAUCUGUUGAAUGACCUUCAUGGGGAAAGUUAUUUAUAGAAUACUAACUCAUAUCAAAGACCUUAAUUGCUCAUUCAAGCCUAAUGAUCCAAUGAAGAGUUAGACACACAAGCAUUUACUGGAAGCACUUGGAUCACAUGCACAAAUAAUAGCAUUUCUGGAGAAGCCUUGUGGAAGAAUGGAUAGGAUUAAGGAAUAUAGACAAAGUAGUGUAAAACUGUUCUAACAAAACAAAUAGUAUGGUUUGCUUGUAUGUUCUAACUUCAUUCCUUUUUAUUUCUAAGUUAUUUAUUUAAUAGGAUGUUAAAUAUCUUUUUGAUUUGAAAUGUUUUCCUCAUUUGCGUCUUUGUUAUUUUCCCUUUCCUCAGUACUUCACACAGAGGUUGAUAGGUUAAAAUGUCAAAACCUCAUAAGUACUCUGAGAAUAGGUAUUAGACAAGGCAGAGUUUAAUGUGUAUAACCCAUUUUUUUCCUAAACUGUCUUGCACUUAAGCAGAAGGACCAAACAAGCAGUGCUUGGAUUUAUGGUAUUGGGUGUCUUUAUGUUACCAUCUUGUAGAAUCACAGGCAUAUAGUGGGAGCAACACUUAAGGACUGAGGGAUAAGAGAUCCAAAAAUCAUGCUCGUGCAUUUAUCAGAGAUUAUUACUCACAUGUAUAUUAUAUAUGAGACCCAACCAAAAAGCCAUGCUGGUAUCCAGCUUUAGCAUGCCUUUCAUACCCAUCAUAGUAACUGAAGGCUCAAAAUACAUAAUAUCCAGCACAUUUUUAUGACGUGUUACAAGUCCCAUGGCUUAACUUGAGCAACUGCAGUAUAAAAGUUAAGUAUAGUAUGAAGUCUGUUCAAUUAAAGGUACAUAAGGGUUGUUUUAUGCUUUGCUUUAAUUUUAGAGAGCUCUGGAUAGCUCACCAAUGUAACCAUAUUGAAAUUCAUUUUGUUAGAGCAGAUAAAUAGAAAACAGUACAUCAAACAAUGUGUAUCACUGUCUUCACAUUGUAUUCCACUAAAUAAAUAAAUAAGCCUUUGCAGUGUCUGUAGUAAGAAACAAAAGUAGUAUAAUAUUAUUUUGUUCUAAAUACUUUA